AUGGAUGACUUGAUUUGGAAAACCAUCACUAGCUGGCAGGUCUGGACACUCGCACCCCUCGUUCUCUACGCAUUUUUCCAGCUGCACCUGUUGCCCAAGCCAGCAGCUCAAGUCGCAGCCCGAGUGUUCUUUUACCCGACGUGGCCGCUCACGUACUUGUCGCGACGUCGGAACUACUGGACGCUGGUGGACUCGCAUGUCCUGCUGGGAGCAGCACCUAUGGCUUUUCUGCCUCAUGUCGACGCUCUAGUUGCUCGUGGGGUUGGUGCAGUUGUCAAUCUGUGUGAUGAGUACGCAGGCCCUACGAACCAGUACAAGAGGCACCACAUCCAGCAGCUUCGCCUGCCGACAAUUGACCACUUUGAGCCGUCACUUGAGGCAUUAACAGCGGCUGUUGCGUUCAUCCAGAUGCAGAAAUAA